GUGCCGGUCCCAGAACCGCGUGCUGCUGUUAUUUGUGCCACUUGCCAUUUAUUGGCCUUGUGAAGCAAGGAUUCGGAAAUUUGCUCGAGUUAUAAGUGAAGGUUUUUUUUUAAGUUUAUAAACUAUUCGCAAAACGGUUGGCUCAAGUAGCCCAAGGGCUUCAGAAUGAACGUGGUGCAGUUGGAACCGGAACGUACCGGGUUGGCCACUUUGGCCAUGCCCAUCGUAGUGCUUGUUACUCUAGUGGUGAUGGUCAGUUCGAUGUUCCACCUUUGGAUGCGAUCCCGACGAUACGUGAAGCUAGGCAAUCAAAUGCCUGGACCUAAACCUUACCCUCUGAUCGGAAAUGCUAAUCUUAUUCUUGGGAAAACGCACGACGAAGUGAUGAAAGUUGCCAUGGAUCUGAGCUAUAUUUAUGGAAGUGUAACACGGGGUUGGCUCGGAUACCAUUUGAUAGUAUUCCUUACUGAUCCGGCCGAUAUCGAAAUAAUCCUUAACAGCUAUGUCCAUCUAGAGAAAUCCGACGAGUAUCGGUUCUUCAAACCAUGGCUCGGAGAUGGACUGCUCAUAAGCAGUGGGAACAAGUGGAAAUCGCAUCGUAAGCUCAUCGCCCCCGCCUUCCACCAGAACGUAUUGAAGACGUUCAUCGAUCUUUUCAACGACAACAGCCUGAGGGUGGUCGAAAAGAUGCGCAAAGAGGUUGGCAAAGAGUUCGAUGUGCACGACUACAUGAGUGAAGUGACGGUUGAUAUUCUACUGCAAACUGCCAUGGGUGCCAACCGAACCGGAGAGGAUCAGGAAGGAUUCGACUAUGCGAUGGCUGUGAUGAAGAUGUGCGAUAUCCUGCAUGCCCGCCAGAUCAAAUUACACCUUCGUAUAGACCCUCUGUUCAAUAUGACCAAGAUCAAGCAGGAACAGGAACGGCUUCUCGGCAUCAUCCACGGUCUUACUCGAAGAGUAGUCAAGCAGAAGAAGGAGAUCUUCGAGAAAAAUUUUGCCGAAGGCAAGCUUCCGUCCCCGUCCCUGUCGGAAAUUAUCGCCAAGGAAGAUGUAUCUAGCAAGACCAAGGAUGUUCCAGUUAUUUCACAAGGAUCCUUGUUGCGAGAUGAUUUGGAUGUGAACGACGAGAACGAUAUAGGCGAAAAGCGACGCUUGGCGUUCCUGGAUCUUAUGAUUGAAACCGCUAAAACAGGAACCGAAGAGCUUAGCGACGAAGAGAUCAAAGAGGAAGUCGACACCAUUAUGUUCGAAGGACACGACACAACGGCAGCCGGUUCCAGUUUCGUACUUUGCCUGCUCGGAAUCCACCACGAUAUCCAAGAUCGAGUGUACAAAGAACUGAAGCAAAUCUUCGGUGAUUCCAAACGGAAAGCCACCUUCAACGACACAAUGGAAAUGAAAUACCUGGAACGGGUGAUCUUCGAAACCCUUCGGAUGUACCCACCGGUUCCGAUCAUCGCUCGGAAGGUGAACCAGGAUGUGCGGCUUGCUUCACACGACUAUGUGGUUCCAUCGGGAACAACAGUGGUGAUAGGAACCUUCAAGCUGCACCGCCGAGAGGAUAUCUACCCGAAUCCGGAGGUCUUCAAUCCGGACAACUUCCUGCCGGAGAAAACUUCCAACCGUCACUACUACAGCUAUAUUCCCUUCAGUGCCGGUCCACGAAGUUGUGUCGGUAGAAAAUACGCCAUGCUGAAGCUGAAAGUAUUGCUUUCGACCAUCCUGCGGAACUAUCGCGUGGUUUCCAACGUGAAGGAAAAGGACUUCAAGCUGCAGGCCGAUAUCAUCCUGAAACGCACGGACGGAUUCCGAAUUCAGCUGGUGCCUCGAGUGUAGCCAAAUUACAACAUCAAAUUGAGAAAAAAAAUACGACAAAACACAACCAACAUAACCAAUAUCGAUAAUUUAAGCAACGGAACUGCACCGGAGCAGAUAAGCGGUCUGAUGUCGCGACCAAUCUAGGCGCGCCACAACCAAAUCCGCCACCAAAACCCUAAAAAAAAACCGACCCCUUGGCCAUGGAUUCUGGAACUACCCGAGACGAACUACAGCGCCCCGGUUCUCGGGCUGUCAUUAAUCGAUCGUUGUCUUUAAACUUUAUGAUACUGUUAAUUGAAUUGUUCGGUUCUUGGUGAGCUACUUAUCUAGCGGGAAGCAGGCAUCUCAAUGACAGCCCCUGGCCGUAUCUGAACCUAUCUUUUUUUCCUCGUAAGUUUUAUCCUGUCGCAGCAUUUGCCCUACUCAACAACCUCAGAUAUGCACACUGUCCUGUUCCCAAAAACUACCUGUUUCAAUGAGCAUAAAUGAGAGAUAAUAAAACCUUCUCUCCAUAA